CUUAUAAUUAAUAUAUGUUUAGAAACAGGAAAUUCUUCUGCCAGUCAAUAAUAUUUUACCAAUAGGAACAAUUAUUAAAUAAAGUAUUGAAGGAAUGUGAAGACUGCUUCAAACAAUUGGAUCAACAUGGUAAAUCAAUUAAGAAGGACACAAAAGACAUGUUUAUAAAAUUUACACAAGCAAAAGUAUUGAUUAAAUAGAUUGAUUAGUUAUAAGACCAAAAAAAGUUGUUGGAAACAGACUCUGUUGGUGUAUUUUAGAUGCUAUUAGACAUAAUUGAGAAUGUUGCACAUGAUAAGCCUUUGAUGACAUAUGUGUUGACAACAGUAGAAGCUAUAAUAUCAGGUAUAAAUAUGAAAUAAAGAAAUAGAGAAUCAAAGACUUUUCAAACAAUUUAUGCGAGCUUUAACACCUUAGGUUGUACCAAAGUUAAAAUAAUUCUUAUUUCUUGAUGGAUAUGAUAGAGUGGUAUAUGAGGCAGCAGCUAAGAUAGCCACAAUGAUCAUAGCAGAAGAAGGAGGAAAUGAAGCAAAAGAAUGGGUGAUUUUAUUUUUAGGUGGUAUAGGUAUGUACAAAAAUAUAUAAAAAAUGUAGGAAAUAAAUUGAGGAUUUCAGAUUAGAUGAUUAUGCCAAUAUGUGUUCAUUUUCUUAAGCAUGAUUCAUUAGCAAUAUAAUUUGUAAAAAGUGGUGGUAUCAAAAUGUAACAAUUAAUCAUUAAAAUAUAGAAUAUCAAAUAUGUUGGCUAAUUACCCAACAGAUUUACAUAUAGCUUAUUACACAAUUUUGGCAAUGUGGUUAUUAAGUUUUACAAAUGAAUCCUUAUAAUUUUUUAAUGAUCCUUAAAUUGGUUUGAUAAGAAUGAUUAUCGAAUCAGUUUAAAAGAUAUCCAGAGAGAAAAUAUUAAGAGUUUCAUUUGCUUGCUUCAAGAAUUUAGUUGAUGUAUCACCUUAAUGUAUUGAAUUAAUGGUUGAUAAUGGAUUAAUCAAAGUGGUGGACUUGUUAUUAAAAGGAAACCUAAAAGAUUAAGAUUUAAUUGAUGAUAUCAAAUACGUUGGUGAAAUAUUGGAAAAGAAUAUGAAGAUCUUAACGUAUAGAUAUUGAUUUAAAUAUAAGUUCUUUUGAAAAAUAUGUGAAGGAAUUAAAUGCUCAGAAUUUAAAUUGGAGUCCAGUGCAUUCAGAGAAAUUCUGGAAGGAGAAUGUUAAGAAGUUUGAAGAGAAUGAUUUCUUACUUAUAAGGUAUAUAAAUAAAUAGAUAAUAAAUUAUAGAAAAUUAGCAGAUAUCUUAAAAUCAAAUAAUAAUUAAAAUGUAGCUGUAGCUUGUUAUGAUUUAGGAGAGUUUUGUAGAUUCCAUCCAUUUGGAAAAGUGUAAUGUGAUGAAUUAUUAUUGAUAGUGUUUUGGAGUAAUUGAAUGCAAAACAAGAAAUUAUGAGACAAGCUAGAAGUGAUGAUUAGAGCAUUAGAGAAAAUGCAUUGUUAUCAUUACAAAAAAUUAUGUUGCAUAAUUGGUAAGUGUGAGAGAAAGAUUAAUAUAUAUAUAUAAUAAACAGU